CCGAUAUUCUGGGGGUGCUUUUCCUGCCCCCCUCCCUCCCGCCGCCAAGGAUUAAAAAUGGUUGGAAUUGCACAACAAGGUCGAGGAUCGUGGCCCUUUUUUUCCUCACAUUUUCCACUAUUUUAAUUUCUAUCCUUUCUUGCUCUUUUUAUAUCCUUUUCCCCCUGACAUUUCCAGCCUUUUUCUCUCACCUUUCCCACCCUGUUCUUCUCUCCCUUUCUCCACCUUUUUUCUUGUGCCCUUCCCUCUCAUAUUUCCUGUUCUUUCUUUUUCCUCUCUUUUUCCACCUUUUUUUUCCUCACCUAUCCCACCUUUUUCCCCUCACAUUUCCGGCCCUUUUCCCCCUCACAUUUCCCGCUCUUUUUGCCCCUCACAUUUCCAGCCCUUUUUCCCUUCACGUUUCCGGUCCCUUUUCCCCUCACGUUUCCAGCCCUUUCCCCCUUCACGUUUCACACCCUUUUUCCCCCCUCACGUUUCCCGCCCUUCUUCCCCUCACGUUUCUGGCCGUUUUCCCCCUCACAUUUCCCACCCUUUUCCCCCUCACGUUUCUGGCCCUUUUUCCCCUCACAUUUCCCGCUCUUUUUCCCCUCACAUUUCCGGCCCUUCUUCCCCUCACAUUUCCUGCCCUUUUCCCCCUCACAUUUCUGGUCCCUUUUCCCCUCACGUUUCCAGCCCAUUUUCCCUUCACGUUUUCGGCCCUUUCCCCCUUCACAUUUUGCGCCCUUUUUCCCCCCUCACGUUUCCCACCCUUUUCCCCCUCACAUUUCUGACCGUUUUUCCCCUCACAUUUCCCACCCUUUUUCCCCUCACGUUUCUGACCGUUUUGCCCCUCACAUUUCCAGCCCUUUUCCCCUUCACGUUUCCAGCCCUUUUUUCCCUCACAUUUCCCGCACUUUUUUCCUUCUCACAUUUCCCGGCCUUUGCCCCCUCACAUUUCUGGCCCUUUUCCCCCCUCACGUUUCCUGCUCUUUUUCCCCCCUCACAUUUCCCAGCCUUUGCCCCCUCACGUUUCUGGCCAUUUUACCCCUCACGUUUCCAGCCCUUUUUCCCCUCACAUUUCCUGCUCUUUUUCCCCCCUCACAUUUCCCAGCCUUUGCCCCCUCACGUUUCUGGCCAUUUUUCCCCUCCCAUUUCCAGCUCUUUUCCCCUCACAUUUCCCGCUCUUUUUCCCCCCUCACGUUUCCCGCUCUUUUUCCCCCCUCACAUUUCCAGCCCUUUUCCCCCUCACGUUUCCACGCCUUUUUUCUCCCACCUUUUCCCACCCUUUUCCUUCCACCUUUUCCCCUCGCUCCUCCCCAAGCUCUCGCGUGUGGAGACACUGGAGGCGGCCAUGGACUGGUUCCACUGCUGGCGCUGCUUUCGCCAAGAGGGCGCCCGGUUCGCCAUCACCACCUGCGGCCACAUCCUGUGCGAGGACUGCGGGGGCACUGGUCCCUGCCCGGUCUGUGCCACCGCCUGCCACUACCUGCCUCUGUCCCAGCAGAUGCGCCCAGAGAUGAAGAUUUUCUUCAAGAACCCGGCGGACCUCGCCCUCAAGCACCUCACCCACAUCACAAAGGUGUGCCAGUUCCAGCUGGCGCAGGCGCAGCUGAAGGUGGACGCGUACCGGGACAGAAUUCGGCAGGUGCAGGCAGACCUGGAGAGGGUCCUAAAGGAGAUGCGGGAGAUGAGGAGGCAGGUGGAGUCAUUUCGCCGGGAGAAUGCGGAGCUGCGCCGCAUGCAGCUCUCCCCGGGCUGGCAAUGGUGCAACUGCAGCAGCACCCCCAAUCCCUCUCCCACACAGUCAGUCACCAUGCAGCCCCGCCGGCAGCUGAGCAGCCAAGUGGUCAGCCGCUUGUCUUCACUGGAGCCCCUCCGGUCCCGCAGUACCCCAGGAUGGCAGGCUGGCGUAGCCUACAGAGAUUCAGGGACCCCUCUGGCCUCUAGCAUGGUGCCCUCCCUGGCUGGGACAAGCGAGGGGCAGGGCUCUGCCCUGCGGCCGGCGAGGGACGGGCGCUCCCGGUGGGAUCCCAAUGCACGGCCAUGAAGGACAAACAGGGACCUCGGAAAGGAUCCGAGGCUCCUGCACCGGAGCUCCGGGGCUUCCCUGGGGCUGGCUGAGGGCAGAAGUUAAAAAUAAAUUUAAAAAAUUAAUUUAAAAG